GCGGCGAUGGACGCCUUGGAUAAAGUCGUAAAACCUAAAACAAAAAGGGCUAAGAGAUUCCUUGAGAAGAGGGAACCAAGAGUCAGUGAAAACACCAAGCACGCCAUGCUGAUUAAAGGGGGAAACGCCAACGCGACCGUGUCACAAGUGCUCAGAGACGUGUAUGCACUGAAGAAACCAUUCGGAGUUCUGUAUAAAAAGAAAAAUAUUACAAGACCAUUUGAGGAUCAGACAUCACUGGAGUUCUUUUCAAAGAAGUCAGACUGUUCUUUAUUCAUGUUUGGCUCCCAUAAUAAGAAGAGGCCAAAUAAUCUAGUAAUAGGUCGUAUGUAUGACUACCAUGUGCUGGAUAUGAUUGAACUAGGUAUUGAGAAAUUUGUGUCUCUAAAAGAUAUUAAGACUAGUAAGUGCCCCGAGGGAACAAAACCCAUGUUGAUAUUCGCUGGUGAUGAUUUUGAUGUAACAGAAGACUAUAGAAGAUUAAAAAGUCUUCUUAUUGAUUUCUUCAGAGGCCCCACAGUGUCCAACGUCCGACUGGCUGGACUGGAGUAUGUUCUGCAUUUCACUGCCCUGAACGGGAAGGUUUACUUUCGAAGCUAUAAGCUGCUGUUGAAGAAGUCUGGUUGCAGAACACCACGAAUUGAACUGGAAGAGAUGGGACCAUCGAUGGAUCUGGUUCUGAGGAGGACACACUUAGCAUCAGACGACCUUUAUAAAUUGUCCAUGAAAAUGCCCAAAGCUCUCAAGCCAAAGAAGAGAAAGAAUGUCUCCCAGGACACUUUUGGUACGACUUUUGGAAGGAUUCAUAUGCAGAAGCAAGACCUGAGCAAACUACAGACCAGGAAAAUGAAGGGGUUGAGGAAGCGACCUGCAGAGACAGGGUCAGAAGACGAGAGGAAAAAAUCAAAGAGAAUUAGGAGACAUUAGUGGAAACUAACGGACGGGGCCACUUUCUUGGAAUUUGUUUUUAUGUGGCGGGGUGGAGUGUGACAAGACCUCACACUGUAGCCCAGGCUAGCCCCAGCCUCUCAAGUGCUGCAGCUACAGGCAUACACCACCAUACCCAGCACAUUGUACAUGUCUGUAACAUAAAUUAUUACUUAAAGUUUUUAAAAGUUAA